AUGACGACUGCCGUUCCCUUUGCUCCGAUCAUGGCUUUUCCGCGAGUAAUCGGGGCCUGUUUUGUCCUUGGCCUGUCGUAUGUCUUCUACCGCCUGCUUUCCGUGGGGAAGAGGGAUAGUCGCCUCCCUCCCGGGCCUCCCACGGUCCCCAUUUUAGGAAACGUUCAUCUCAUUCCACGGGCCGGGAUCGGUCUCAAGUUUAAGGAAUGGGCAAAACAGUACGGCCCAAUUUACUCCUUGAAGGUCUUUAAUUCGACCAUGAUCGUCUUAUCAGACCCUGAAAUCGUGGCGAAUCUGGUGGAUAAAAAGGGCGCUAUCUAUGCCGAGCGGCCGCCAAAUGCAGUGGUCAAUUAUCUUACAGACGGCCACUUCUUUCCGUUCGAAAAAGGUCAAUCCUGGAAAUUGAAGCGCGCUAUCGCUGUGCGCUACCUCAGUCCGCAGCGACUGGAUUCUCAUCAUUUUCGUAUUCAAGAGGCCGAAUCGGCGCUGUUGAUGAACAAUUUACUCGACUAUCCCGAGCCGAUUUUCGAGUACCUUCGGCUGUAUACCUGUUCAGUGGUAAAUACCCUGGUCUACGGGCAGAGAAUCAAAGACCUGGAUUCGUGGUGGUACCAAGGAUUCUACAAAGUAAUGGACGGCUUUAGUGACUUGCUUGAACCAGGCGCCGUCCCUCCCUUCGAUGACUUCCCAGUGCUAUGGUAUACUCCAGGAAAAUGGCAGAGUGGCCUAAAGCAGACCAGACAGGACCGCCAUGAGCACUGGACGAGAGCACGGGACACUGUCGACCGUCGACGAGCCAAGGGAGACAAGCGUGAUUGCCUGAUUGACGAGCAGCUCGAUGAACGAGAUGGCAAGGACUGGGCCUAUCCGGAGGUCGCGUUCAACUAUCUGUUCGGAGAAAUUGUAGAAGGCGGAGCCGAUACAACGGCGAAGCAGAUCUUCACGAUUCUGCUGGCAUUGGCAAAGAAUCCCGACUGCCAAAAGAAAGCACAGAUGGAAAUCGACCGAGUGUGUGGCAUGGACCGUGGACCCCAGUUCUUGGAUUUCGAUGAUCUUCCGUAUGUCAAUUGCAUCGUCAAAGAAGCGUUUCGCUGGCGGCCAACCGCACCUACUGGAUUGCCCCGUAUGGCCAACCAAGAUGACGAAUACAAUGGAUAUCUCAUUCCCAAGGGCAGUACUGUGUUUUUGGGGAUCUGGGCGAUUCACCACCAGGAAAAGCACUAUGUCGAUCAUGAAAAGUUCAACCCAGACCGUUACCUCAACCACCCCAAACUCGCCAAUGAAUACGCUUCUGCCGACUGGGAAGCCCGAGAUAAGUGA